CAGAAACCAUGCAAGAAUCCAAGACACUGAAAACCUUUGGAUUCGGGAUGGAUUUGAGGUGGAUCAGUAAUUUUGUGCGAGUUGAGACAUCCGGCUGCUGCCCCACGCGCUAUGCCGACCACUCAAAAACCCCGCGGCUCCUUCGAGAGAAGACGGACACGACUGGGGGGCUGCAUGCCACGCUCGCUCACACAAAAAUCUCUACUCUUUCCCUCCCGUGCCGUGGCCUGCCAUGGCGCUCGUCUCGCUCCCGCCCGCCGCCGCCGCCUCCUCGUCGUCUACCACCCACCUCCUGACGCCGCCGGCGAGCAUCGGCAUCAGCAGCGUCGGCGGGAGGGGAGGGCCACGCCCACGGGGCGACGGCGGCCUCGCGCUGCCGCUGCCGGCCGGGCGCCGUCGGGGGUGGGGCGCGCCGGUGUCGUCCUUCUCCUCCUUCCUGCCGUCCUUCUUCACGGGGAGCAAGAAGAAGGAGGAGGAGGACGCCAAGAAGGCCGAGAGGCUCAAGGCGGAGCUGCUGGCGGCCAUCGCGCCGCUCGACCGCGGCGCCGAGGCCACGCCCGAGGACAAGGACCGCGUCGACCAGAUCGCGCAGCGGCUGGAGGAGGUGAGCCCGACCAAGGAGCCGCUCAAGUCCGAGCUCCUCAACGGCAAGUGGGAGCUCCUCUACACCACCUCCACUUCCAUUCUCCAGCCACAGAGGCCAAAGUUUCUGAGGCCAUACGGGACGAUUUACCAGGCGAUCAACACCGACACGCUACGAGCUCAAAACAUGGAGACACUGCCUUACUUCAAUCAGGUCACUGCCAACUUGGUGCCUCUCAACUCUAGAAAAGUGGCAGUUAGGUUUGAUUACUUCAAAAUAUUUAGCCUGAUCCAAAUCAAAGCACCUGGAAGUGGCAAAGGUGAACUAGAGAUCACAUAUCUUGAUGAAGAGCUCAGGGUUUCAAGAGGAGACAAGGGGAACUUGUUCGUGCUGAAGAUGGUCGACCCAUUAUACCGAGUUCCGUUGUAAUAACCGUAGCUAAAUGCUAGUGUCCACCGCUACGAGAAUCAGGUGCCAACAAUCCAAAAUGUUCAAAAAAAAAUCGGCCCGGGCCAAAUACAGGACGUGUAAAUAUUAAGGUUUGAGUUUAAUUAGUCUAUACAGCACAUGGCACAUUUGAACUGACAGAACUCAGAUGUGGACAGCAAAAUGUAUAUGCAUUUGCCAUUUAGUCCUAAUCCUUCUUCGCUGUUGAAGUCCAGUAAUCCAGUAAAUGAAUUUGGAUUGCAACUCCUA